CCUCGAUGCAGAAACUGACUCCAAAGCACGAUAUAUGGCCGUUCAGUCAAAGAUUGAUCUAGCAGCGCUAAUUACCCCGACGCUAGACUAGAUCCGCCAUCGGUAGCGUUCAUGUACGACCUAGAGCUCGAAAGCAGAUAGUCAAAGCCUGUUAAUUAGAUCGAAUUUAUAAAACGAGGUUAUCUAUAUUAAACUCAUAAACAUUUUACUGAUCAUUGAAUACUUUACUAAAAGUUAGUUUAUAGUGAGACUAGAUUUGAAAGGCUUGGUCUGCCAUGUCAAGUGCAAAGUGCAUACAUAUAUCACAGGGAUUCUCCUCUUCAAAACCAUUCUUGCGUACCCAUAAGAUGAUACUUGGGUCCGCACGAUCUAUCCGUACUGAUUGAGCAGCGGCAUCUAGCCCAAGAACUCAUUGUGUCACCAUACCUUGGCUUUCGCCUACUUGCAACAUCUCAAGAGUAAGAAGUUGGCCCGCGAGUCAAUAAUUACAUCAAUCAUCUGUUGAGUUAUAUAAGGAAUCUGCACUGGCCCAGCUUGGUUGACCGUCGAGCUUUGAAUGAAGGAGGGCAUAGAAUGGGCUCUGUGAUGUCUUUCGCUAGAGGCGACUUGUUGCUUGUUUUUCUAGCUUUGGCGUUAUAUGUAGUGCGUCGAGCUAUACUUCCCAAGCCGCUGGCUGGCAUCCCGUAUAAUCGCGAUGCCGCCCAAAAAUUGUUCGGCGACGUCCCUGAGAUGAUGAGUUAUGUCAUGCGCACGAAACGAAUAUUCUGCUGGCUUACCUCACUCACUACACGGCAUCAAAGUGUUAUUGUUCAGGCAUUCAUUAAACCGGGAUCGCUACCGUGGGUCGUGGUUACAGACCCCUUUGAGGCGCAAGAUAUUCUCUUAAGACGGAAAGAAUUUGACCGCAGUGGCUUCUUCGGAGAGCUGAUCAGCGGCAUUCUCCCUGAGCAGCACAUUCAAUUCUUGUCGACAGAUGCGCGCUUCAAGAACAAUCGGAACCUUAUCAAUCACCUUAUGGCCCCAACUUUUAUCAGCAAAGUAAGUGCACCAGAGGUGUAUAGAUCAGUCUGCACCUUAAUCAAGGUAUGGCAGGCCAAGUGUGACAGAGCGAAGGGUCGGCCGUUCUCGGCUCAUCAUGAUAUAACAUACGCAGCCCUAGACGGCAUAUUCGCCUCUUCAUUUGGACUGCCUGAAGCGGAGAGCAUUACGAUCCAGCGUCUCGCAGCCGUGUCGGAAUGGAAACCUGACUUAACCUCUGAUACUGAUCAGCCGGUCCAAUUCCCAGACAGCAAGAUCCCUGAGACAUUCGCCGCGGUUUUGACAUUAGCAAACUCAGUGACGGACACACAAUUGUCUCCAGCCCCUAUCCUCACCUCAUGGGUAUUUCGAAAGCUCCCGUACAUGAGGAAUGCCACAGCUAUUAAGGAUAGCUAUAUUCGGAAUAAAGUAGACGAAUCAAUAGCUCUGAUAGACAAGGGCAAUGACGAGCCUCGCAGUGCCUUACACUCUGUUUUGCUACGCGAGAGGGAGGUUGCUAGCAAGGAACGUCGUCAACCAAAUUACCACAAGCGGGGUAUUUAUGACGAGUUCUUCGGCUUCAUGAUGGCUGGGCACGAUACUUCGGCUACCACCGUGGCCUGGGGAGUCAAAAUGUUGACUGAUAAUCCCCAUGUUCAGGACAACCUACGCACGGCUCUUCAUACUGCGUUUCCCCAAGCCUCCCAAGCAAAGCGAGCCCCUACUUACCCAGAGAUCGCCAAGGUGCACAUUCCCUAUCUCGAUGCCGUGGUUGAAGAGGUGCUCCGACACGCCAACACCAUCGCAUUCGUAGUGCGCCAGGCCCUACAAGACACAACCGUGCUCGGACGUCACAUCCCUAAGGGAACCGAUGUAUUCUUGAUGGCUAACGGCGCCGGGUACUUGGAGCCCAACAUGAACAUACUAGACAGUGUCCGUAGCCCUGGGGCGCGACGCAGCGAAAGAAAAGCCCUCACAGGUGUCUGGAACGACAAAGACAUUGGCACAUUCCGACCUGAGCGCUGGCUCAAGACAGACGCAGUAUCUGGCGUGGUGACUUUCGAUCCUGCAUCUGGGCCCCAACUUGCUUUUGGACUAGGACCGCGCGGGUGCUUCGGCAAGAGACUGGCGCUGCAGACCCUUAAAAUGCAAUUUGUACUGAUUAUCUGGCACUUUAAGCUGCUUCAAGUACCGCUUCACUUGGGCGGGUACGAUGCUGUACAGAAGUUUGCGAGAGAGCCGACACAAUGUUACGUGCGGUUAGAAAACGCGCUCGUAUAGAUCAGCCAGUGGUGCAAAAGAUCGAAUAGCCCCUAUUCUAGGCUGCGUAGGAUUGGAUGUAGGUCUAUCACCUCAAAUUGCUCGAUCAGCUGGCAUUAGCAUAGCCAAUUCGAGUGUCGCAGCCUAAAGGUUUUCGGGGUUACAGCACAGAAUAGGGCACACCCUCGUUUUUGUGUGUGCUGUCAGCUCAAAUAUGUACGUGGUGGCAUCGUCUUUUGAUCGUAGAGAGAGAGGAUAAUAUGAAAAAGUAGUCAUCAUAUGUAGCAAUGCCUAGUACCACCUGCCUACAUUUACAGAGGUGAGGCUUGAAGUGCUGUACAUUUACAGAUGGGCUGUCUCAAUCCUCAACUUGGCAUCUCUUAUUGAUUCCUGGUAUUAAACCUCUUUAGGCGUAGUGAUAUGCCCACAUCAUGUAUGGGAGAGUCUGGUAGAGCAAAGGUAAGGAAGGUGUACUUUCUCCAAGGAUGAGUUCUCG